GCACAGAGUCAUCUGAGUGCAGUUACCAGGUCUAAACUGAAAGCACAACAACCUAUGCAGAAACUUGUUGAGCAGAAACUAAAUAAAGACGACGAAACAGCUAUUCAGUAUCUGAAAUGUGCAUAUUACAUAGCGAAACGAGAACUUCCUAAGUCAGAAAUGAAACACAUGAUAAAUUUUGUAGGAUCUUUAGGCAAAGAAAUAAAUAGCAUGCAACAUUCAAAUUUAGACUAUACUAGUGGUACAAGUGUCUCAGAAUUCCACAGUGCUAUCGCAGACGUUAUUUUAGAAGACAAGUUGGAACUUAUUAAGAGAUCGGGUGUGUUUUCGUUAGUGCUUGAUGAGAGUACAGACAUUGGAAACUCCAAAAGAGUGUUAAUGUAUGCUCAGUGUGUAACUGUUGAGGGACUGGAUUACUGCCUAUUAUCUAAUAAGCAGCUGACAGCUGGCUCAGGCAAUGCAGAUAACAUUGUUGAAAUGGUACUUAGUGAACUAAAAUCUAAAGGACUUGACAUCUCUAAAAUGGUUGGAAUCGGCACGGAUGGAGCAAGUGUCAUGACCGGGAAAAAAAAUGGUGUUGUUGUGAAACUAAAAGAACAUUCAUCUGCGCUUGUAGGUGCACACUGUGCUGCACAUAGAACUGCCCUUGCCACCUCGCAGGCUGCUAAGUAUGUGCAAGAAAUGGAUGACUACUCAAGAACAGUGUCUUCAGUGUUUCGCUAUUUCAGCAACUCUUCUCUUAGAUCCAACCGGCUACGUGCGGUACAGUCGGUUCUCAAUCUUCCUGAACUGAAAUUUGCUGAAGUACAUUCUGUAAGGUGGCUUAGUAUGGAGAAUGCUGUGACAGCCAUUUAUAGGUCAUACCCAGCUUUGUGUAUGUGUUUGGAACGUGAGGCUGUGUACGACAGUGCAGCUAAGGGACUUUAUAAUGAAGUAAUACAAUUCAAAUUCAUUGCACUGACUCAUGUUAUGAUGGAUAUUUUGCCAUUCAUGGGACGUCUAAGUAAGAACUUUCAAAGUAAGGUCCUUGACUUCAGCAUGAUAGAUCCGCUCGUCCAAAGUACUUGUGAUAGUUUAGAGGACUUAGUUGAAUGUGAAGGGGCUUUUGUGGAUAAACUAUCAGGCUUCAUUCAGGAAAGAAAUGGGAAAGUGCAGUAUGUCAGACCAGAUUCUGAAUCAAAACUUGGAACUGUAAGUGAAACUGUGAAAAGUAAUCUAGAGUUUGAGGGUUUUGACAAUGAUGACAUUGAGGACUGUGACACUGAAGAUGUUGAUGCUUCAGGAUUUCACCCUGAACUGAAAUACUACUCACAGCAGAAGGAUGUUGUUCACAAAGUGAUGGAGAAAUAUGUAGGCAAAUUAGUUGAAAAUCUUCAUGAUAGAUUUCAGGACAAAAAAAUAAUUUCGAACAUGAAUGUGUUAGUGCCUGGAAAUAUCAUCAGUGCUGAGUCUUUAGCAAAGUACGGAGUUACGGAAUUCAAGGACUUAGUUGAACAUUAUGCCUCUCACAUAACAGGCAGUCCUGAUUUGUGUCUUUCAGAAUAUCAGCAGUACAAGAGACUAGUCUGUGGAAGUUACAGAGAUAAGACACUGGUUGAAAUUAUGUGUGAAAUGUUGAACAAGUACAGUGAAAUGCUCCCAAAUGUACUGAUGAUUUUGAAAUGUUGUGUUGUACUGCCAAUGUCCAGUGUUCAAUGUGAGCGUGGAUUCUCCACUCAAAACAGGAUCAAGUCAAAGCUUCGAACUUCAAUGAACAAUAAAACACUUGACAAUUUGAUGCGAAUUUCAGAGGAAGGUCCGGAUAUAAUCAAAUUUGACUUUAGCAGAGCUCUCAAAAAGUGGAAAUCCGAGAAAAAAAGGAAGCUUUAUGCCUGUUGAAAUGAUAAAUUUAGUACAUAGAAGCUACAUAAUGUGAUGAAAUGGUUGAAUUUAGUGUUUUACCUUGAGUGACCUUAUAAAUUCAUAAUCAUAUACAUGUACUUAUGCUGUCAUGCACAGUAAAAGUAAGAGAUUUGAAGUUAAAAUAAUGUGAUAGAGCUUCUAUUUUUCUUGACAUCUAUAGUUGGACACUGUCAUGCAUUUUUUACUUUACUGAUAUAAGAAGUAAGAGUUGUCUUAUUGUUAUCAUGCUUGAUAAUGUUGUUAUAAACAUAAAGAUGAAAAUUUAUAUAAUAUUAUGCAUGUUUGAUUAUGUUGUUAUAAACAUAAAGAUGAAAAUAUAUGUAAUAUUAUGCAUGUUUGAUAGUAAAAGAACUGUUUAAAAAUUUAGUGGUGUUGCUAAUGUUUUAUCUUUGCUUUUAUAUAUCUGCAUUACAAUUUCUGCAGUAAUCCCUUUAGUCUAUCCGUAAAGUCCGCAACAAUGCCGAGCAAGUC